AUGGGUCCUGUGAUUUUCACCCGUCCUACUUUCUCCACAGUUGUUACUUCAGAAACUUAUAAUGGAUAUGUGCAGGGAUCCUCCGGACCAUCUCCAGCAAUGACAACACGAAACGAAAUGGAAAUAUUUAAUGAUCCAGAUCUCACCAAGCCAUAUCAUCCGGUUUCCAUGACUGCUAAAUCCAAAUUUAGUGCUCGCAUAACACACGCCAUGCUCCCUCCGAAGCUCAAAAUGCCAACCACAGUCAAGAAAUAUGAUGGUACCACUGAUCCGGAUGAUCACAUGUUUGACUUCGAUGGGGCUGCAUGUGUAGAACAAUGGCCGAUGCCGGCUUGGUGCUUCAUGUUCGCACAAACACUAACCGGGGCUGCUCGGGUGUGGUUUGAUGCCUUGAACGAAGGAGAGAUCAAUGAUUUUGAAGAGUUCCAAAGGUUAUUUCUCCAGAACUUUAGCCAACAAAGGCACUACUUCAAAGAAAUCACGAAAGCUCACAACAUUCGGAGAAAGGAUGGGGAAUCUUUGGAUAGUUUCAUUGACCGAUUCAAUCGAGAAAGUAUGCAGAUCAGCGGGGUAGUUAACCAGUUAAGGAUCUCCGGAUUCUGUCACGGUGUACGGAAUAACCAGCUGGUUGAAAAAUUACACGAAAAUCUCCCGAAGACAAUGGGAGUACUCAUGGAGCGAGCCAGAGCUUUCGCUCGGGGGAAAAAUGCAUGUAAUCCAGCACCAGAGUCAGACCAUAAGAUGUCCUCCUGGAAGAAAAAUGGUGGGUCUGUAUUCGAUAAAACUCCAUCCGGAGGUAGGGGACGACCACACCCUUACAGCAGAAACGAUAGGCCUCAGCGGGGAAGAAGUUCCGGAUCAAGAUUUUACAAUCUAUCGGAUCUUUCUAAAACCCCCAGUGAAAUCCUCAGUGCCGAAGGAGCAAACUUCCCCGCCCCACCAAAGCUCCGAAAUCCAGGUGACCAGAACUCCAAAAAAUAUUGUGAUUACCAUCAUGCGCGAGGCCAUAAUACAGAUGAUUGCUGGUCCCUAAAUCAAGAAAUAGAAAAAGGAUCCGGUAAGCUGUCACAUUUGGUAAAAGAAGUAAAAGAAGGAAAAUCUUCAGGGAGUUCGGCAGAUAAUCCAAACAACCAACUAGCAAUCUGCAUAAUCAGGAAAGUAGAUAACCAAGGCAUUAAGCGAUCCAAUCAUCACAUGGCUGCUUGGAUGCAACAACCGAUCGCUUUCCCUCCAAUUACCCCUAGAGAAAUCAAAGACGGACCAAUCAUAGUGUCUGCGAUAAUAGCAGGCCACAAGGUCCGGAGGAUUUAUGUUGAUAGCGGAAGUGCCACUAAGAUCAUGUACCAACAGUAUUUCCAACAAUUAGCUCCGCAAACCAAAGCAAAACUGAUACAAGUCUCUAUGCCGUUGGUAAGCUUCUCCGGAGAGGUGGUACAGCCAAUUGGGCAGAUCACCCUACCAACAACGGUGGGAGCCGGAAACCUGGUCAGAACCGUCAACUUGACAUACCUGGUGAUGGGAGCAAGGUCCGUCCACAAUGUCAUACUUUGA